AUGCUCGUGAUAAACUUGUUCUUGGUUAACCAAACACUUGUCUUGCCAAUUCUUGGGAGUUUUACUAUACGGAAACAAGACGUGACCACCGUGAUAGGUGGAGAACAUGAACUUGUCGAUGGUGGCACUGAAUCAGAAGAAGAAAUUGAAGAAAAAGAAAUAAGGGAGGAUGUCAAUUGCCCGUCAAGUCACCUCGAAUGCCACUAUCUUGUUGACAGUGUUCGAAGUGUGCAUCUAAAUGAUGCAAUCAUUUUUCUGAAGCAACUCUUCCUGAAAGUACUUCAAGGCAAGCUGCUAUGCCAAGCUGCUCCCACCAUAGCCGCCCCGACAAAGUCUUGUGCUCACAGGCGUCCCUUCAGACCUGGAUGCCCACGUGGAAGGUCCAGCCCUACAGUGGGCGUCUUCCACCCUGUGACAAACCUAACGACUCCAAGAGACAACGAGUCUUCCCAGAGCAAUCAUAACCACCACAUUAGACCAUCGGAGGAGCAGUCUUUCCAUCCCAUCUUCGUUCUCAUCACUAUCGCUGAUGUUUCAAACCUCUUUGUCUCCAACUCCGGUGGCCGGAGAUACGCCUAUUUCCUAACAGGUAGCCUCCGGAAAGCAAUCUUCACCACCAGUAAAUGUCCACCAUUAGCACCUUCUGUUCCGGUUACCAUCAUACAUUCUCUAGUUGCAGAUGUAACACAAGAAGCAACACAACAAGCAUCAAUAAAUUUACAAACAGAACCUCUACAACAAUUACCAUUGGAAGAAGUGUUUAAACAACAAGAACAACAAAUAAAAAUUCAAGGGGAAUAAAACUUGUGUUUUGAAAAAUAGUAAUUUUGUUUGUUUUUGUUUUAUUUAAUGUAUUUGGUUUUUGAAACUAAUAAAAUGAUGUUGAUAACCUUUAUGUAAU